ACAGUUCUUGGGCAUACGGAACUUGUGGCAGUCACGAGGAAGCACAAGGCGGCGGGGGAGUAGUCUGUGUAGUGAGAGGAGGAACGGAGGUGCAAGACGAGGCCGGUUAUCCUGGGCCGAAGGAGCCGUCUUCAGGCGAUGCGGGGGUUUGUUCUGCUCGAGACCCUCCUCUUGACUACGGGCCUGGGCCUAUGGCUUCGUCUUGCGGACUGCGAAGUCGGCGGGAAGACGGAUGUUCGGAGACCUAAUUUUGUCGUCGUUCUAGCUGAUGAUAUGGGCUGGGGAGACCUGGGGGCCAACGUGGGCGAGAGCAAGGAUACUGUCCAACUGGAUAAAAUGGCUGCCGAGGGGAUGAGGUUUGUGGAUUUCCACGCAGCGGCCUCCACGUGCUCUCCCUCCCGCGCCUCGUUGCUCACGGGCCGCUUGGGCAUCCGCAACGGCGUCACCCACAACUUUGCGGUCACGUCAGUGGGCGGCCUCCCCCUGAACGAGACCACCUUGGCGGAGGUCCUGCGGGAGGCUGGCUACGCCACAGGUGUGAUAGGUAAAUGGCAUUUGGGACACGCUGGCCCCUACCACCCCAACUUCCGUGGUUUUGACUAUUACUUCGGAAUCCCGUACAGUCACGACAUGGGGUGCACUGAUACGCCGGGGUACAACUGGCCCCCCUGCCCGCCCUGCCCACGAGCACCUGGAUCCCCCAGUCACAGAGUCAAAGACUGUUACACUGACGUAGCCGUGCCCCUCUUCGAGAACCUCCGCAUCGUGGAGCAACCUGUGAACUUGACCCGCCUGGCCGACCAGUAUGUCCAGAAAUCUGCAGAAUUCAUCCACCGGGCAAGGGAGCGAGGAGUCCCGUUCCUGCUGUAUCUGGCGCCGGCUGCCAUGCAUGUCCCGCUGCCCGUGACCCAGGGGGAGGCGUCCGGGCUGGGGCCCUACCGUGCCGGCCUGCAGGAGCUGGACCGGAUGCUCAGCUGCAUCAAGGACCUGGUGGAUGCGGUGGGACGGGGGACCACCCUGCUCUGGUUCUCAGGGGACAACGGCCCUUGGGCUCAGAAGUGCCAGCUGGCUGGGAGCGUGGGACCGUUUUUGGGGGCCUGGCAAACACGUCAAGGCGGAAGCGCUGCCAAGCAGACCACGUGGGAAGGUGGCCACAGAGUCCCGGCCUUCGCCUACUGGCCCGGUCACAUCCCAGCCAAUGUGACCAGUCCGGCCUUAUUAAGCUCUCUGGACAUCUUUCCCACGCUGGUGUCACUGGCCGGAGCCCGCCUGCCCUCCUGGCGAAGCUACGACGGCCUGGAUGUGUCCGAGGUGCUCCUGGGUCACUCGCAGAUGGGGCACAAGGUGCUGCUUCACCCCAACAGUGGGGCAGCGGGCCCGCCCGGGGACCUGCAGGCCGUCAGGAUCGUCGCCUACAAGGCGCUGCAUCUCACAGGAGGUGCGGAGGCCUGUGAUAAGACUUCGGGUCCCCAGCGCCAUCACAAUCCACCUCUUAUCUUCAACCUGGCACGAGACCCAAGUGAGGGUGAAGCCCUGGACCCAGAGAGUCCCGAGUACCAGAUGGUCCUGCCCCAACUUUCCACCGCCCUGGAUACCGUCUUACGCGACGUGGCUGCCGACAACAUCUCCACGGCCGACUACACACGGGACCCCGGUUCCGUCCCGUGUUGCGAUCCGCUGGCGGUGGCCUGUCGCUGCCCGAAUCCUGACCUGUAGGGGAGAUGGGGCCCAAGCUACCCGACUCCUGAAAAAUCAAUCACAGCACGACUCUCAGAUAUAUAUGCUUUAAUUCUCAUUUUGUAAGUCACCGCGUUAUUCGUCUUAUUAAAAUCUUUAUUCCGAU